CGGCCCGGGCCGGGAGGAGCCGCACUCCUGAACGGGAGGGGGAUCCGCCGCGGAGUUACGGGAAAGUUGGUCCGAGUUCCUGGAGUUUCCCCCAGUGGUUCCCGGCGCUCGGCCGGCCGGUGCCCCGGCUCCUUUCCUCCCUCCGGCCUUCACCGCCCACCGCGUCCCUCCUUCUGUCCUCGGCCGCCAUGGAGCAGCCACCAGCGCCCAAGAGGUACUACUCUUUCUCCCAGAGAGUGCUGUGGUGAAGAUUGAGGAGUUCCUGUGUUCUGAUGCUUAGAGAUCUUUAGAUGAAAGGUGAUAUAUUCAGGGACAUGGAAUAAUUAAAAAGUAAGCUGAAAAAGCUGAGUGAAGACAGUUUGACUAAGCAGCCUGAAGAAGUUUUUGAUGUAUUAGAAAAACUUGGAGAAGGGUCUUAUGGAAGUGUAUUUAAAGCAAUACAUAAGGAAUCUGGUCAAGUUGUUGCAAUUAAACAAGUACCUGUUGAGUCAGAUCUUCAGGAAAUAAUCAAAGAAAUUUCCAUAAUGCAACAAUGUGACAGCCCAUAUGUUGUAAAGUACUAUGGCAGUUAUUUUAAGAACACAGACCUCUGGAUUGUUAUGGAGUACUGUGGAGCUGGCUCUGUCUCGGACAUAAUUAGAUUACGAAACAAGACGUUAACAGAAGAUGAAAUUGCAACUAUUCUUAAAUCUACUCUGAAAGGACUAGAAUAUUUGCACUUUAUGCGAAAAAUACACAGAGAUAUAAAAGCUGGAAAUAUUCUCCUCAAUACAGAAGGACAUGCAAAAUUGGCUGAUUUCGGAGUGGCUGGUCAGUUAACAGAUACAAUGGCAAAACGCAAUACUGUGAUAGGAACUCCGUUUUGGAUGGCUCCUGAGGUAAUUCAAGAAAUAGGCUAUAACUGUGUGGCUGACAUCUGGUCCCUUGGCAUUACGUCUAUAGAAAUGGCUGAAGGAAAACCUCCUUAUGCUGAUAUACAUCCCAUGAGGGCUAUUUUUAUGAUUCCCACAAAUCCACCACCAACAUUCAGGAAGCCAGAACUUUGGUCCGAUGAUUUCACCGAUUUUGUUAAAAAGUGUCUCGUGAAGAAUCCUGAGCAGAGAGCUACUGCAACACAGCUUUUACAGCAUCCUUUUAUCAAGAAUGCAAAGCCUGUAUCAAUUUUAAGAGACCUGAUCACAGAAGCUAUGGAGAUCAAAGCUAAAAGACAUGAAGAGCAGCAGCGAGAAUUGGAAGAGGAGGAAGAAAAUUCGGAUGAAGAUGAGCUGGAUUCCCACACCAUGGUGAAGACUAGCUCAGAAAGUGUGGGCACGAUGAAGGCCACAAGCACGAUGAGUGAAGGCGCCCAGACCAUGAUCGAACAUAAUAGCACGAUGUUAGAAUCUGACUUGGGGACCAUGGUUAUAAACAGUGAAGAUGAAGAAGAACAGGAUGGAACUAUGAAAAGAAACGCAACUUCACCACAAGUACAAAGACCAUCUUUCAUGGACUACUUUGAUAAACAGGACUUCAAGAAUAAGAGUCAUGAAAACUGUAAUCAAAACAUGCAUGAACCCUUCCCUAUGUCCAAAAAUGUUUUUCCUGAUAACUGGAAAGUUCCUCAAGAUGGAGACUUUGACUUUUUAAAAAAUCUAAGUUUAGAAGAACUACAGAUGCGGUUAAAAGCACUAGACCCCAUGAUGGAACGAGAGAUAGAAGAGCUUCGUCAAAGAUACACUGCGAAGAGACAACCCAUUCUGGAUGCAAUGGAUGCGAAGAAAAGAAGGCAGCAAAACUUUUGAGUCUCACUUCUCCUCUGUUUCUUUAACUAUUCUGGAGACCAAGAAACCACUAAGAAUUGAAGGAAUAUUAUUAUUGUUUUUUUUUAAUCCCUAAGAUUUGUGCUCUACAGCUAGGCAGCAGUCCAGAACUGAUGAUGGUACUUACCUAGUCAAUUCCCAAAAGGCAGAAUUUACAGCUGUAGCCACUAUGUUUUCAUUUUUAAAUAAUGAAAACAACAGACAAGUAUUCCUCUUAGAUCUGUCAGCUGCGUACCAGCGCUAACAGUGUGUCCUAGGACAAAUGCUGUGUUUAGAGACCUUGGAAAUCUGAAGCUAUUGUUUAAUUGUACAGCACUGAAGGGCUUUAUGUUACAAUAUUCUUUAUUCUUAUUUCUAGUAGCUUAUUUAUUGUAUCCCCAGGUAAGCUUAUUUAUUUAUGCUGUUUCACUUUGUUUUGUUUUUAAGGACAAGAUCAGGAUAGCUUUGGUGAAGGGAGGGGCGUAUUAAUAGAUGAUAAUGUACAGCCAAAUUAUACUUUCAGCAGGGAGCUAUGGGAUACAUUCCUUGAUUUCCAGGAUAGUUUUCCAGUAGAAACAAAGCAAUAAUAGCAAUAGCACCCAAAUGGGCCAGAUAUUUUUUUUUUAUACUGAAGCAAUAAUUCCAUUUUUACCUUUGGAAAUUUUGUUUAAUGUUUUUAUUGAUGUUUGGUACAAAUAGAACUAUAUAUAUUUAGGUCACACAGAGCUAUAAUGUUUGAAACCAAAGAAAUCAAUGGAACCUUUGCACCAAAAAUGUGCGGUAAAUAUUUUAAAAGAAAUAAAUCCUUAAGACAAAUGUAAUUUGUUAAUAUUGUUUCGUGUUGCAUGGAUAGGUCUGAUAGCCGAGCUGUAUCAAACUGUAAUAAGCUCAUCAAAUUUAUUUCUGUGAAAAUGUGCUCAAUCGUCACAGGACUUUUGUGUUGAUUUCAUUGAUUUCCUGGGAAUGGGUAAACAUCAUGUGCCUGACGAUAACAAAAUAGCAAAAACAUUUGUACUGAGCUGUGUAAGCCUUGGGGACUGAAAAAAAAAAAAGAUUAAAACCAUUAAAAAGAAGCUCAUUUCUAAGCUGAAUGAACGUUUGUGUGAUUGAACUGGGACCAGUCAGUUCCUAAGCCACACACAUAUGGCCAUCUUGACAGUGUUUGUUCUUUUGUGUGUUUAAUUACUAUGUGUAAAUCAUAAAGACAAAUUUUAUUGUGCCACCUAGCA